CCUGCCCUGACAGGGGAGUUAACCAGGAUUCCCACCAGCAGGCUGGUGGGAGCUCUGGGGUGUGGACCCCCAGCUGCAGCUCGGAGCCUGCAGGGGAGGCGCUGCGGCUCCCCGGCUGUCAGCGCUCGUGGCCCCUCCCGGUUGCACUUCCUGUCGCAGCCCGGCCCGCCGCCGCCGCCGAGGCUCCACAAUCCCCGAACGUGCAGCCGGCGGGGCGGCACGCCCUAGCUCAGCCGGCCAAGGUUCCAGCUGGGUAGAGCAGCCUUCACCCAUUAGGAUGACUGCGCCCUCCAGCCCUCCUGCCUUCAGGCUGGAGACAUACGAUGGAGAUCAAGAAGAUGGUGCUGAUGUGGACAAGAGACAGCCAGGCAGUGGAUAUGCGCCACCCCCCAUGGAGUCACCAUUCCAGGGCGAGGACCGGAACUUCCCCCCUCAGAUCAAAGUGAACCUCAACUACAGAAAGGGAGCAGGUACCAGCCAGCUGGACCCAAACUGCUUUGACCGUGACCGUCUCUUCAGUGUGGUUGCCCGGGGUGUCCCUGAGGAUCUGGUUGGGCUACCAGAGUACCUGCGCCGUACCACCAAGUACCUGACUGACACAAAGUACACAGAGGGCUCCACGGGGAAGACAUGCCUGAUGAAGGCUGUGCUGAACCUUCGGGAUGGGACCAAUGCCUGCAUCCUGCCGCUGCUGCAGAUCGACCGGGACUCUGGCAAUCCCACGCCCCUGGUCAAUGCCCAGUGCAAAGAUGAGUACUACCGAGGCCACAGUGCCCUGCACAUUGCCAUUGAGAAGAGGAGCCUGCAGUGUGUGAAGCUGCUGGUGGAGAAUGGUGCCAAUGUGCAUGCCCGGGCCUGUGGCCAAUUCUUCCAGAAGAAAAGCCAAGGGGCUUGUUUCUAUUUUGGUGAGCUGCCCCUCUCUCUGGCGGCAUGCACGAAGCAAUGGGAUGUGGUCACCUACCUGCUGGAGAACCAGCACCAGCCUGCCAACCUGCAGGCUGCCGACUCACUGGGCAACACGGUCCUGCACGCGCUGGUGAUGAUUGCAGACAACUCGGCUGAGAAUAGCGCACUGGUGAUCCAUAUGUACGACAGGCUCCUUCAAGCUGGAGUCCGCCUCUGCCCCACCGUGCAGCUGGAGGACAUCCCCAACCUGCAGGGCCUCACGCCCCUGAAGCUGGCUGCCAAGGAAGGCAAGAUGGAGAUUUUCAGACACAUCCUGCAGCGGGAAUUCUCAGGGCCAUGCCAGCCCCUUUCCCGAAAGUUCACUGAGUGGUGCUAUGGGCCUGUCCGCGUGUCGCUGUAUGACCUGGCCUCCGUGGACAGCUGGGAGGAGAACUCAGUGCUGGAGAUCAUCGCCUUUCAUUGCAGGAGCCCGCACCGACACCGAAUGGUGGUUUUGGAGCCGCUGAACAAGCUGCUGCAGGCGAAAUGGGACCUACUUCUCUCCAGGUUCUUCUUCAACUUCCUGUGUUACCUGACCUACAUGUUCAUCUUCACUGCUGUUGUCUACCACCAACCUGCCCUGGAAAAGGCUGUCCUCCCCAUGAAAGUGACAGCUGGAAACUCCAUGCUGCUGCUGGGCCACAUCCUGAUUCUGCUGGGGGGGGUCUACCUCCUCGUGGGCCAGCUGUGGUACUUCUGGAGGCGCCGGCUGUUCAUCUGGAUCUCCUUCGUGGACAGCUACUUUGAAAUGCUCUUCCUGGUCCAGGCCCUGCUCACAGUGCUGUCUCAGGUGCUGUGUUUCCUGGCCAUUGAGUGGUACCUGCCUCUGCUUGUGUCCUCGCUGGUACUGGGCUGGCUGAACCUGCUUUACUAUACACGUGGCUUCCAGCACACAGGCAUCUAUAGCGUCAUGAUCCAAAAGGUUAUUCUGCGGGACCUGCUUCGCUUCCUUCUCGUCUACUUAGUCUUCCUCUUCGGCUUCGCUGUAGCCCUAGUGAGCUUGAGCCGGGAGGCUCAGGGCCCAGGGGUCCCCACAAGUUCAAAUGCCACAGAGGCAGUGAGGCCCGGGGCAGGACAGGAGGACGAGGAGGGCAACUCGGCCUCAUACAGUGGCAUCCUGGACGCCUCCCUGGAGCUCUUCAAGUUCACCAUCGGCAUGGGCGAGCUGGCCUUCCAGGAGCAGCUGCGCUUCCGUGGGGUUGUGCUGCUGCUGCUGCUGGCCUAUGUGCUGCUCACCUACAUCCUGCUGCUCAACAUGCUCAUCGCCCUCAUGAGUGAGACUGUCAACAGUGUCGCCACCGACAGCUGGAGCAUCUGGAAACUGCAGAAAGCCAUCUCUGUCCUGGAGAUGGAGAAUGGCUACUGGUGGUGCAGAAGGAAGAAGCAGCGGGCAGGUGUGAAGCUGACAGUUGGCACCAGGCCAGAUGGUAGCCCAGAUGAACGUUGGUGCUUCAGGGUGGAGGAAGUGAACUGGGCUGCCUGGGAGCAGACGCUGCCUACAGUGUUUGAGGAACCUACAGGGCCCAACCUUGGCACCAUGAAGAACCCCACCCUGGCCUCCCAACCCGAGGAGGACAGUACCUUGGAGGAGGACCAUCUUCCCCUUCACGUCCUGCAGUCCAGCUAAUGGCCUGGAUGCAGCAGGAAGCUGGCAGGACAGACCUAGGACAUCUUUCCAGCCCUACCUGAUGGCUCUGGGGCCCUAGGGAACUUUGGUGGCAAAUCAAUAAAUAUGGCUUUCUCAUGGCUAACUCUCCUGAAAACAUUUUUGAGCAGUUUCAGGGCCCUUAGGCUGACUGACAUUUGCAUAACUGUGAGCACAAGCUUAUGUCCAGGGCUGGACUGCUCUGCGCUCACCUGGCACAGGGGACCCUCAUCAGCGGUGUCCUGGCCAAGGUGUCCGGCUUGCUAUUAUGGCAGGUGGGAGGUGGUGGACAUGGGCAAGCAUAGCCAACUCUCCUCCCCUUCCCACAGCCUCCAGACCCCCCUUAAAGCCACCUCCAACAGGUCUCUUCAAAGCCUUUGAGCAGUUCAGCUUAGUUUAGACUCUGGAUUAUUGCUUUCUGUUCCUACUGGGUUUCCUGCUCAGUUUACAUACAUGCAAGCCAUUCUCUGCAGAGCAGCCAGAGGGGAUGUUCUGACACAAACACGGUACCUCUAUGCUCUGAAGGCUUGAGGGGGUCCCCAGUAUGCACAGGACACACCGGAUGGCAUCCUUAGCCCUCUGCAGUUUUGCCUGAGCAUUUCUAGACACUGCUUCUCCCAUACCUCUGCUACCUGCCCCACUCCAGCCCCCUGCCCGGCCAGCUCUUUCAGUACAUUCUCCACAUAAGCCAAUAGACCUCAAGCAUGUCUGAUCCCUUGGCUUGGCUCUCUGAAAUUCCCUCUCUCCAUAAUUACUCUAAGACCAGCUCAAGAAUUGUCUCAUGAUAGGCUUUCAAAUUUACUUCAGUCAAAAUGAGUUGCUCCCCCUUGGGGGUGAUGUGUUCAUAUAAUGUGCAUGCACAAUUGCAUUUUUUUUUUUUAAGUGGGAAAGACAUGAGCAUGUUCCUAUGCUGAACGGAAGGCAGAGGUUUCCAUUGCUGUUGAGAUAGGAGUGAGACAGGAUAGUAAGAGGACAGGAGAAGUCCUUGGCCAGUGGACUAGGGAAACUGAGACAGACAGCUAAACACAAUGGCAAAGCAAUUAAUUACAGCCAGGAGCAGACCCUGGGGGGAGGGGAAGGCCUGGCAGGAGCAAAACUGGGAAACAAGGACCCGCACUUCCGGGGUAACCUUUCCUCCCCAGGCCUCUCCUCCCUGGAGAUAAUAUCUAGGCCUCAUUUGUAUUUCAGCUCCAGACCCAGAAAAGCAGCAACACGAGGUGGGUGCUGUCAGAACCUAUGCAAUAACUAACGACUCCCUGCCCUGGCACUGACCAAUCAGUGGAGACCAGGACCCUGAAAAGUCCCACCUGGAAAACUGAUGAAUGUUCUACUGAAACCCUGCCCUGAGACCUUCCUUAAGAGUCCUGCCUGCGAGAGAGAUAAAAGCCUUAAGGCAAAGGACCCAGCAUGCCCUGGGCCAUUCCCUUUUCCUUAGUCCCCCAUGUCUUUGCCCACAGGCACGCAUCUCCUAAACUCUAAGGCAGUGGACAGCUGGGCAGCUUGUCACAGGCUGAUCCCCUGAAGCUGUCCCCAAGGCCCCUUUUUCUCUGGCUUCUCAGAGAGCUCAGGCAGCCCAGCCUGGGCUCUCCGGUUGCUUUUUCUAUGCUGAGCAUUCCCUUGUUUCACUGUGCUCAGCUUUAAUAAACGCACCGUUAGUCACUGAACUCAUGGCGUGGUCUUUCCGAUACUAAGUCAAGGCACACAUGCUACAGUCGGCCCUCGGCAGACCCACUCUGGGCCGAUUCUUGUGGGGUCACGGGAGGAUGGGGUGGAGAAGCCCUGGUGAAUCAGCAAAGGGGAGGGGGAGGCAGGAUGGCUGCCCUGUCCUCAGAGGCCAUUCUAUAGAGAUGUGAGCAGUGAGUGCGCGCAGUUGCGAGGCUCUGUGUGUAUUUUCAGAGUUGUGAAUUGGAAGCAGACUGGCUCGCUGUAUGCCCUGCCAAGGCUCUGCAGGGUUUCAAAGAUCUUAUCUUGUGUGAUCCUCACAACAACCUUCUAGGCCGCGGUUUCUCCACUUUCCUGAAGAGCAAUGGGACCCUCACAAAAGACAAGCGAAACACUCAAGGGCACGCACCAGAGUGACGGCACACCCAGACGACUACACGCUCGGCCGCAGCGCGCUGCAGCUUGCGCAGGCGCCCUGGGCGUCGCCGCGCAUGUGGCCCAGAAUUCCCCAGGCCGAGGAGGAGACCAUGACUGUACAGACAGGGGAGGCCUUGCGGCGGUUGUCUGGUAAAACGAGGUGGAAGUUCCCAUGACAGACCCACUGACGAGUACGGAAGACGGGAGCAGCAUCCCACUUUGAGGUUGCAAAUGAAUGAAGGACUGGCAAGAGCUGAGUGUUAGAGUGAGAGGCAUUGGCCUGGCCUGAGUCCCCUAGAUUUUGAGUGUGAAGGGUGGUGAUCAGCAGUGCACUUUGAAAGCUGGUGAUGGUGGUAGCGGCAGCUCCCCUGGGAAGAGACCACGUUUCCAGAGGAUGGUCAGCCGUGCUGCAGCAGGGGCAGCAUUUGAAGUCGCCAGGACCAGUACAACCUAGACAACCUUGACUCGGAAACCCUAGGCUUCAACAUUCACAGUAGAAACAUUCUCACCUUAUGUUAAGCAUCAGAGAGGACAUUCUUACCAACAGUAGGGCCAAGAAAUGGAUUUAGCAACCUUUGCAUAGGACAAGCACUUUGGCAUCAUUAAAUUCAUGAGUUUUCUGGUAUUGAUUGUCCCGGUCAAAAGGAGCUUCUGUACAUUUUAAUGUUGUAUUUGUUAUAUUGGGCAAGGGUCUGAGUUGUUUAAGCUGGAAACUUCCUCCUGAUAUCCAUGUGUGGUUACCAUAAACUAACAUCCAUAAUAAAGGAUGGCCUUUGGUAUUGUUUCUUAAAA